UCUUGAACGUCCCCCCGAUUCUCAUUGUGAAGCCGAGGAAACAUCGGAAGCUUUCGACGACGUCGGUAUGAAAUGGCAGAAACUGGCCGUGUCGCGGAAGCACUGAGGCUAGGUUACGUAGAAGCUCCACAUGUAUUCGGCAGUGAUCCUGACCUGCUAAUUUAAAGGAAACUGGAGUUUGUCCGGAGAAAAUACGAGGUUGAACACCAGCGCUUGCGUUAGAGAAAUAUAUUUAAAAACACGUCCUGGUUGUGUCUUCGGCAGGCAGCGAGCGGCCACUGCGAGUCGAGACUGUUGGAAUUAACCGGAGAGGGUAAAUGCAUCCUGGUUGCUCAAUCGAUCUUGUAUGCAUCUGGAGUCAAGUUUGGGUGCUGCAGCUUCCAGACUGCGCUGCACAUUUUGCUGCUGAGGGGCCGGCAGCAGCUUGCCAAGAGAACAACGACGAUCAGUCAAAUGCACCAAGAAAUCUGACUCCUGCACCAAAAAGUGCAAGGAGGUCUGCAGAGGUUUUGACAGGCAAUCCCUCUUGGAUGCUCAGUCACAGUCUUGGUCCAAGGCUUCACCAUGAACCGGAACAAGCGUGAAAAGGAGUACUACAGCAUAGAUGUGGGGGAUUCAACUUUUACUGUUUUAAAGCGCUACCAGAACCUCAGACCCAUCGGAUCUGGAGCACAGGGAAUUGUCUGUUCUGCGUAUGACCACAACUUGGAGAGAAACGUCGCCAUCAAGAAGCUGAGCCGGCCUUUUCAGAAUCAAACCCACGCAAAGCGGGCCUACAGAGAGCUGGUGCUCAUGAAAUGUGUCAACCACAAGAACAUUAUUGGCCUAUUAAAUGUAUUCACACCACAGAAGACGCUGGAGGAAUUCCAGGAUGUGUAUCUAGUGAUGGAGCUGAUGGACGCCAAUCUCUGUCAGGUGAUCCAGAUGGAGCUGGACCAUGAGAGGCUGUCCUACCUGCUCUAUCAGAUGUUGUGUGGAAUCAAACAUCUGCACGCUGCAGGCAUCAUACACAGGGACCUGAAACCCAGUAACAUCGUAGUGAAGUCCGACUGCACACUGAAGAUCCUGGACUUUGGCCUUGCCAGGACGGCUGCCACAGGCCUCCUCAUGACGCCCUACGUGGUAACCCGUUACUACCGCGCCCCGGAAGUCAUUCUGGGCAUGGGUUACCAGGCCAACGUUGAUGUCUGGUCUGUUGGAUGCAUCAUGGCUGAAAUGGUCCGGGGUAGUGUGUUGUUUCCAGGCACUGAUCAUAUCGACCAGUGGAAUAAGGUAAUCGAGCAACUGGGAACGCCGUCCCAGGAGUUCCUGAUGAAGCUCAACCAGUCGGUGAGGACCUACGUGGAGAACCGGCCGCGGUACGCCGGCUACAGCUUCGAGAAGCUCUUCCCUGAUGUCCUGUUUCCUGCUGACUCUGAACACAACAAGCUGAAAGCUAGCCAAGCUCGAGACCUACUAUCCAAGAUGCUGGUAAUAGACGCUUCAAAGCGGAUCUCGGUGGACGAGGCUCUCCAGCACUCCUAUAUCAACGUGUGGUACGACCCAACUGAAGUGGAGGCACCACCACCUGUGAUCACAGACAAGCAGCUGGAUGAGAGGGAGCACACGGUGGAGGAAUGGAAAGAGCUGAUUUAUAAAGAAGUGCUGGACUGGGAGGAAAGAACAAAGAAUGGUGUAAUCAGGGGGCAGCCGGCUUCCAUAGGUGCAACAGUGAGCAGCAGCCCCUCGCAGCACCACCAGCACCACCCCUCCACAUCCGCCUCCGCCAACGACGGCUCCUCCAUGUCCACCGACCAGACCCUGACCGACACCGACAGCAGCCUGGAGACGGCUAGCACCGCCUCCGUGGCUGUUACAGCUAACGGCCCUGUGGGCUGCUGCAGAUGACUAUCAACUUCGCCUCCUCCAGGUCCCGGCUCCAGUCCCGGUUAUAACCCUGGACUGGGCCACACCCCUCUGGUAAUACCCAAGACCACUAGCCUGACACUGGCUCCUGGUUCCUACCCUCGUAUUCGCCUCCUCUCUGUGCUUGUGUAGCAUUUUAGCCAGAUAGCUGUUUGAGAAACAUUUCUGAAAGGACAGAUCUGUAUUUUUUAUUUUUUGACAGUAGUUUUAUUUUCUUUUUAUUAGCUUUUCAUUUCUUGCUGUAAUUUAUUGUGGCGUUUCCUAUUUCUUUUCAGAAAACUAAGAUGAUUACUGAAUUUUUAUUUCACUAUGUUUCGGUUUGUAGUGACCGGCAGUGAGAAUUUAAAAGAAAUAUUAUGUAAAAUGUCAUAAUGUGAUCUAUUUUUCUGUUGAAAGUCAUUUGUUUCACUUGUAAGCUACUGCUUUUACAACUUGCCAUAUAAAUGUAGAUGGAGUUUGUACAGAUUUUAUGGUAGAUGUAGUUUUAUCUUCGAUGCAAGUUUGCGGUGAGCCAUUGAACCCUAAUUUAAUUGACAAAUGUCAGAACUUUCCUCUUCUGUUUUUAUCUGACAUAAUAUGGAUCUUGCUUUUAAUGCAUAUGACAUAUCCAUUAUUUGACAUGAGAUCAUAUAGAUUUAUUUGUAAAAAGACAUCACUACUUCUUCCUACAUUGUAAAAUUUCACUUUUAUGAAAGCUUUAUAAUUUCCUGAUUCCUCUCUUCCUUUUCACUCAUACUGUCAAAGUGCUGACAUUAGAUUUUUUUUUACUUUGUGCAUUUAGGCUAUAAGACAGCACACUUAAAUCCCACAAAGAUUACUUCUCAAUGACUUUCUUCUGUAUUUUUUAGUUCUUUGAAGCACCUCUUUAGUCCAAUAAGUGGUGCAGCGUUACAGAGCUGCUUAGGUGGGAUAGUUUUCGUAAAGGUUCAGGACUUUAGAAUGUUGUUUGUCUUUUUUAGAGGGUUUUGGGAGAUGUAGAGGUGUGUGUCAAUUUGUCAAGUCGGUGAUGGUGAAAAUGAAAUGUGUUUCAGUCAUGUAGGGAAUCGUGAUAUUGAGAGAGCAUGUGAACGUGUUCUGUAUUUGGUGUCUUGGAAGGGAUAGCGAUCCUGCUGUUUGGACGGGUGUGACUGAGGCCUCUGCCUCCCCAUCCCAGAUCUUUUAUCUGGUCUUUAUGAAUUUAAAAAUCUGAUAGUGACUUCUUUUGUUUUAUUUUUUUUUAUAUAUAUAUAUAUAUAUUGGCCAAACACUGCUUUUACCAGACUUGCCUGCAAUUAUGAAUCAAACUAUAAGAAUCAAAAGCCGCAAAGCACCAACAACCAGGCUCAAAAGAAAGAAAUUAAUUCUUACUGUAUGCAAUAAUUUUACCCUCUUUGAAUUUAUUUUUAUUUUUUUGUUUUGGUUUUCGAAAGGAAAAGUGCCUGUUGUUAGUCAUUCAUUCCUGAAGAUGUGGGACGAAGUCUUUUGAUUAUGUGUAGGCUUUUGUGGCGUCUUGAUAACAACAGUAGUUUCCAUGUCAAAACAAUAAUGUAUGAUGAGGUUGUAGUUCUCACAAAUGUAUUGUAUAUUUUUCUACUCGUUUGGAUUUCGGACCCCUUCAGCAGGAGACUGUUUUGUCAUGCAGGGUAAGAAACCGAUGGUAUGUGGAGGUUCAGGUGCUUAAACUCGUGUUUGAGUUGCUUCAGGAGAAAUGACUCAAACACAAGCAGUUUUAUCAAGGUCUUUCAUCAAAGAAGUCUUUCUUUGCAGUGACAGCAACCAGAUUAUGGGUUGAUCUUUUUUUUUUCUUUCUGUUUUUUAAAAUAUUUUAUUUGCGUAUUGAGAAAUAUUUAAAAGAUUUUUUGCUUCUGGGGUAAGAAUUUACAAACUGCUAUGGAUAAAAUAUGUUGUUGGGAAGGCAGAUUGAUAGUUUAGUUUAUAAAGAUCUCUGAAAGACAGAGCCAAAAUACCACAGUGUUUCUGUAGUAUAUAAACCUUGAAACCGUGUGGUACUAACUAAUGGAAAAUACAUUAACUGUCAAUACUCAACAUAUUUCCUGCAGUACAUAAGGCUACUACAAAAUGUUUGCAUAAAAAACAGAUCUUCGAGAGUUAAGAGAUCUCUUUUGUAGAUAUCAAGCAGAUGUUGCGGAUGCUUACAGCAGGGAAAUACAGGUUGCUGUGCUAGCAAUGUAAACUUACACAAACUAUAAAGAGGCACAGUUGUGCUUAGGCACAGUCCCAAUUUCCUCACUUGGACCUACCACUCAGUCCUAAUCCUUCAUUUUGAAGCAGUAAGGUGGCUCUUUGAGGGAUCAAAGAGUAGUCUAGGUUUGGCUCUUAAGCUGUGGCAUUGGGGCUUGAUGACUACUACCCCCUGAUCUUUAAAAAACAGGGUCACCCUUUUAAUCCAAAACAAAAGGACAAGGUCAAGUAGAAGCGCUAAUUGGGAUGAAGGGGACUGUGCCUUAGUGUGUUGCAUACACUGUAGCUCUUUGCUGGGAUGUCCUUGGGCAACUUGUAUGCUAAAAAUGUCAUACUAAAAACAGAUAUAACCAUCUUGCAGCAUAUUUCCCAAAUAUUGCUUUACUCUGACUUAAAGUUUUUGACAGGCACCAGCUAUUCUUUAAUCCAUUCAUUAGGUAGUUUGUUAGCAACAACUAGAGCUUAAAACAAGAUGUACUGAAUCGGGUUGCAUCAUUAAACUUAAGAAAUGUCUUUCAUAGUGAAAAUCUAAGCAACUGCUGCAUUAGGCACCUGCUUAUAGUUGGUAGUAAUUGGCUGUGUGAAGAUGUGAUCAGUGUAAAACACAUUAUGAUCUAAUUCUGUUUUGUUUUAAAAUGGUAGCAUAUCUUUGUUUUAAAAUGAGAGAUAUGUUGCCAUGAGUAUGAUUUAUUUUAUUUGUUAUGAAUUUUUUUGUAAACAUUUAGUAUUACAUAGUAGUUUACAUUCUAAUGAGUGUCUUGACUAAGUAUAGCCCAAAUCAUAAUACUUCCUUUUUUACUUUUUACUCUGCGGUCUAAAUAUUCAGUUUUACUCGUUUACAGAACUGUUCAAUAGUUAAUAGCAGAAAAUAAUUGUAGCAUGUCAUUUAGUUAAUAUAUUGGAGGGGAUAUUUCACACCAGUUUUAUUACAAAGAUGCUGAAAAUCGGUAAUAGGUAAACCUUUAACAUGAAUCUCUGAAAGGGAAAUUAUACAGUUACUUUAAAUAAAAUGACUGUUAGCUUGUCAGUUCACUCCUCAACAUUUGUAUUUAACAAUAAUCAAACAUUAGCUUGUCAAGAACGAGCUACUUAACCAUUUCUUUCCCCCCUUGAUAACUAGCAAAUGCUAGCUCAUCUAAUUUGCUCCACACAUCUCAACAUUAGCUUUACAAUUAGCUGCACAGACAUAUCAGCACAGAAAUAUUAGCUUGCCAGUUAGCAACAUAACCAGAAAUGCAUAUAAUAAGCUGCAUAGGAUAGAAAGGUUAGCUUGUCCUUUACCAACACAAUUUGUGAUACAUAUAGUUAGCUGCACAGACAUAUUAGCAUAAAAAGUUAGUUUGUAGGUUAGCUACACAGCUGUAAAUAUAUACAUUUUAACAAGCAAACAUGAGCUUCGGUGAGCUAGUUAUAAAUCUGAUAUAUAUACAUCAAUACAAUUUUCAAAUCUAAAUGUUGGCUUUAGCCCAGAGUUGCAAUGUCAUUUAUUAACUAGCUAAGUUUAGUUGGUCAGUUAGUUGUACAACAUUAGUUUAAAAAGCUAUACAGCUGUCAAUUUAGCCUGUCAAAAAAACAAAAAUUAGCUUUCCAGUUUAUUAUACAAUUGUUAAUGACAUUUACAACGAGCGACUGAAGCAAAUGUUAGCUUGUCAGGAAGCUAUACAGGUGCUAAUAUUUGAGUAUACAUUUUUAUGUUAAAAAGCUCUGCAUCUGAGAAUUUUUAGCAAGCUAAUUUGUCCAGAUAGCCUCAAACAAUGUAGACAUUAAGUAUGAAAGUAUUUAUACUUGCAAGUUUAUUUGGUGCAACCCAUUUUAAUUUUUGUGAUGCAUAAUUGUAGAUUUUAUACUUUGAUUUACACCUGUAACAAACAGCUGGUGCCAAUACUCACCACAGUGUUGUAGGAAUGCUUUUAACCCUUAUUAAGCAAAUACUAUUGAUACUUAGCAGCUGUGGAACCAAAUUAUUACAAUAAAGAAAGAAGUAAACUGCAGUGGUUAUUGUGGUUUCCAAUGGCAAAAAUUUCAAGUAAUAAUUCAGCUUUUUUUAAGUGUAAUGAACCCCACUAUGUAAGCAGUGUCAUAUCUGCAAAAAAGCAGGGGUAAUGGGAAAAGAAAAUGGCAUGUAUCCAAAUGUGGUAUUAUCUAAAAGAGAUAAAUAAGUCAAUCAGAAAAAAAACAUUCGUUCUUGAAAGUGCUCUUAAUUUUCUUUGCCCAGCGUUAGGAACAUUAAUUUCAGUUUCAUUAAAUUCCAUUUCUCUUUAGGUUGCCGUUGCUUCAUUAAUAUUACAAUAACAUCUCUCCAGUUUUCUUCUAAUUUAAGUCGACUUUGAUGAACUACCUCACGCGGAAUUUCUGCCAGUUCGUGCAAAUAUUUUAGUCGCCUGCAGAAUUAGUUAUCGAAGAUGUGUGAAUAACAGAUUCCAUUAUUUAUUUAUUUGAAAGUGUACUAUUUGUCAGUUUCAACAGACUUCUAGUUUUGUACAUUAUGUAUACUUCACCCAGAAGUAAGAGAAUUGUUAUAUGAUUUUUUUCCUCUUAUUUUUUUUUAACUAAAUGUGCAAUACCUUCAGUAAACUGUGCUAGUAGUAUGUGAUGGGCUUAGCCUUUGUUAGCUGUCUCCUGAAGGUAAAGAAAUUGUUUGGUACUGUCAAUCCACAUUUUCUUUCUUUCCUUCUUUCUUUCUUUCUUUCUUUCUUUUUUUUUUUUUAAUUAAUAAUUUCAGUUUUUAUUUCUGAGAGUUGUUUUUCAGUCAUAAUGUUGCGUAAUUGGUCUUUCCCAACAAAAAAAUCUGUUGGCAGGAAUUUGAUGAAGCUUCUGAAAAAUUCUUUGAUUCAAACUUGGCUGACAGAUUUUUGAUUUUGGGAUGUAUUAGUAUGUUAAACACAGAAAAAAAAGGUAAAUUCUCACAAGAAACCGUUAUAUGUCUGGUGCUGGUUUGUAAUAUUUGCUAGUGAAUCCAGCAAUGCAACUAGUUUUAAGAAUUCCUGGAUCUGCGUGUCCCAGCCGCAACCAAUGAAAAGUGCACUACUAGAAUACAUGGGCUGGGAUCUGAUGAUGCCACCUCCUAGAAAAUGGAAAUAAAAAAAUAAUAUGUAUUGCAAAUAAAAGAAAUACACUUUGGUUCAUUGUUGUAUGUCUUCUUUCUGUAAUAUUUUUUUUUCUUUUUGGUCCAGGUUUCAAUAUAAUCUAGAAAUUUUGGGCAUUACUAUAAGAUUCCAUUUCAGAUGCAGUCAGACUUCAUUUCUUUUGUGGAAUGGGAUGUUUCAAAAAGUUGAGGUUUGAUCUGUUCAUUGGGGAGGAGGAGCAGGGGUACCUUCUUUAAGUUUAUAAACAAACUAUGUCACAGUU